AUGGCCACCCCCUUCUUCGCCGCCCUGGCCGACUCGCCAGGCUUGGGCACUGACUUGCGCACCGUCGCCCGCCUGUGGCAAGCGAUUCUCACAAUUGACGACGACGAUCUGGAGGACUUGGUUUGCUCCGGCCCGCGACCUCCGUCCAUCGCCCACGCAUCGUUUCAUUUCAUCGCCGAACUGGAAGCACGUAGAAAAUUGCUCCGCAAUUAUUCCCAGAAUAUUGAUGGGCUCGAGCGCCGUGCGGGCGCGUCGGAGGAGCGCGUCAUCCUUUUCCACGGCUCGUUUCUCACUGCCACCUGCAUGCGCGCCUCGUGCCGCGCUAGCUUUUGCGGCUCCGAGAUUGCAGUCGAAGUCGCUGCGGGAACUGUGCCUUUCUGUUGGAAAUGCGUCCAUGGCAAGAAACGAUCCGUCCUCAAACCCGACAUUGUUUUCUUUGGCGAAAACGUGCCAAAGAAUGUUCGUGACAACUUGGAAACAGACGCCCUUAGAGCAGACCUCUUGCUUGUUCUGAGAACAAGUCUAGAAGUCUCCCCUGUCGCUCGUAUUCCACAAUAUUUUCAGUACCAAGUGUCGAGAAUUCUUGUCAACCGUGAGAUCGUCACAUACGAUUUUGAUGUCGAGCUUUUCGACACUUGCGACUCAGUCGUUGCGGAGUUGCGGAAAGCUCUCAACCUGCGACUUGCUAGUUCGAAGCCGUUAAACGCAGGGAUCGAUUCUUCCCGGAGCCUCUUUUCCGUCGCUCUGAGGUUCUUUUCAAUCCUCAUAGCCUCUGCAAUGUCGGCUUUGCGGGCCUGCAUCCGCAAUUUGCGCUUUUGA